UCCGCCUGCUGCUCUGCCUGCUGCUCCGACUGCUGCAGGAGGCGGCGCUGGCUGGCGACUGCGCUCGCUCCAGUCGGCGAGCGGAGCAGCGAGCGAGCGUGUGUGUGUAUUUUAAAGAUGGCCGGAGCGGCGGCGGCGGUGGCCGCGGGAGCAGCAGCUGGAGCGGCCGCGGCAGCCGUGUCGGUGGCGGCUCCAGGCCGGGCCUCGGCGCCUCCGCCGCCCCCGCCCGUGUACUGUGUGUGCCGGCAGCCGUACGACGUGAACCGCUUCAUGAUCGAGUGCGAUAUCUGCAAGGACUGGUUCCACGGCAGCUGUGUUGGAGUAGAAGAGCACCAUGCUGUUGACAUUGACCUGUAUCACUGUCCCAACUGUGCACUUCUACAUGGCUCCUCCUUGAUGAAAAAGAGGAGGAACUGGCACAGGCAUGACUACACAGAAAUUGAUGAUGGUUCCAAACCAGUACAAGCUGGAACCAGGACUUUCGUCAAAGAGUUACGUGCUCGAGUCUUCCCAAGUGCCGAUGAAAUCAUUGUGAAGAUGCAUGGCAGCCAGCUGACACAGAGAUACCUGGAGAAACACGGAUUUGAUGCCCCUAUCAUGGUCCCUAAAUUAGAUGACCUAGGACUCAGGCUCCCUCCUCCUGCUUUUUCUGUGUUGGAUGUGGAACGUUAUGUAGGUGGUGACAAAGUGAUAGAUGUCAUUGAUGUGGCAAGGCAGGCAGACAGCAAAAUGACACUUCACAAUUAUGUUAAAUACUUCAUGAAACCUAACAGACCAAAAGUGUUAAAUGUGAUCAGCCUUGAAUUUUCAGAUACAAAAAUGUCUGAAUUGGUGGAGGUCCCUGAUAUAGCCAGGAAACUUUCCUGGGUGGAAAACUAUUGGCCAGAUGAUUCAGUCUUUCCCAAGCCAUUUGUUCAAAAAUACUGCUUAAUGGGUGUUCAAGACAGCUACACAGAUUUCCACAUUGACUUCGGUGGAACAUCAGUCUGGUACCAUGUCCUCUGGGGUGAGAAGAUUUUUUAUUUGAUAAAGCCAACAAAUGAAAAUUUGGCACUCUAUGAAUCUUGGAGUUCAUCUGUGACCCAGAGUGAGGUAUUCUUUGGCGAUAAAGUGGAUAAAUGCUACAAAUGUGUGGUAAAGCAGGGACAUACCUUAUUUGUUCCUACAGGGUGGAUUCAUGCCGUGCUCACUUCUCAGGACUGUAUGGCUUUUGGGGGUAACUUUCUGCACAACCUUAACAUUGGCAUGCAGCUCAGGUGUUACGAGAUGGAGAAAAGGCUAAAAACACCAGAUCUUUUCAAGUUCCCUUUUUUUGAAGCCAUAUGUUGGUUUGUAGCCAAAAAUUUGCUGGAAACCCUGAAAGAACUGAGAGAAGAUGGUUUCCAGCCUCAGACUUACCUGGUACAGGGGGUGAAAGCAUUGCAUACUGCUUUAAAAUUAUGGAUGAAAAAAGAACUUGUAUCUGAACAUGCCUUUGAAAUUCCAGACAAUGUUAGACCUGGACAUCUUAUUAAGGAACUUUCUAAAGUAAUUCGAGCAAUAGAGGAAGAAAACAGCAAACCAGUUAAAUCUCAGGGAAUUCCUACUGUGUGUCCAGUUUCACGGUCCUCAAUUGAAGCAACUUCCUCGUACCAUUCCCGACGGAAGAUGAGGAAGCUCCGGGAUCACAGUGUUCGAACUCCUUCCAACCUGGACAUCCUGGAGCUCCACACGAGGGAAGUCCUCAAGAGACUGGAGAUGUGCCCGUGGGAAGAGGACACUUUGAGCUCAAAACUGAAUGGAAAAUUCAAUAAACACCUCCAACCAUCUUCCACGGUGCCUGAAUGGAGAGCAAAAGAUAAUGAUCUGCGAUUACUGCUGACGAAUGGAAGAAUAAUUAAAGACGAGAGGCAGCCCUUUGCAGAUCAGAGUCUUUAUACAGCAGACAGCGAGAAUGAAGAAGAUAAGAGAAGGACAAAAAAAGCAAACGUGAAAACAGAAGCAAGUUCAGGAACAGAGGGGAUGGAAAGUGAAGAACCUCAGAAACCACUCAACAGGCUUUUUACAAGUGUGAAGUCAGAACUCAGGAAUCGAUCAUCAGAAUAUUCUGAUAUUUCUGAUUCAGAAGACUCUGGACCUGAUUGCACUGCACUGAAAAUUAAUUUUACCACUGAAGAAUCUGAAAGUUCAGGUGAUGAAAAGAAACAAGAAGUAACAUCAAACUUUAAGGAGGAAUCUAAUGUGAUGAAGAACUUCUUUCAAAAGAGCCAGAAGCCAUCUAGAAGUGAAAUUCCAAUUAAAAGGGAGUGUCCUACCUCCACGAGCACAGAGGAGGAAGCUAUUCAGGGCAUGCUGUCCAUGGCAAGGUUGCACUAUUCCACAUGUUUACAAAGGCAAAUGCAAAGCACAGACUGCAGUGGUGCAAGGAACUCUCCCGAGGAUCCCAGUAGCUUCCACAGCAGUAACCACGAGGUUAGGCAGUCGUAUCGCUAUGAUAAACCAGUGGAAUAUGGAUAUCAUGUCAAGACUCAAGAUCAAGACUUGAGGACUUCUUCUUGGAUUAAACAAAUUGAUAGAACUUCCAGAUUUAAUCCUCAGGAUGUAAGCAGAAACCAGAAAUGCAACAAAAAGGAAGGUUCAUCAGAAACGAGUCAAAAGGUGAAAAGUAGAAACUGUAUGGACAGCAAUGUCGCAGGCCUUCUGAAUGGAAAGUACACACAGAAUUCCAGCAUGGUUGCAGGUGUAUGUCAGAUAAACAGCGGCAGCCUGAGCCCAGAGAUGCCAGCUGGAGAAUCCUCCUUUUCAGUGCCCCUUCACCCCACAAAGAGACCUGCAUCAAAUCUACCACCUAUCAGCAACCAGGCAACAAAAGGCAAACGUCCAAAAAAAGGAAUGGCGACAGCCAAACAGCGUCUCGGGAAGAUCCUUAAGUUGAACAGAAAUGGCCAUGCACGGUUCUUUGUGUGACAGAGCUGCUGUGGCAGCCGCGCCUCCCUUUGGAGCAGUCUGGGGGCAGAAGCCUGGAGCUUCUGCUACCCCUGCCUGGAGUAGUUGGCGUGUACACUAAGAACACUGCCCGAAGAGCAGAGUGACCCUGAUGCUGCGUCUUCACUGUGCCACACCCACUCAGCAAUAACCCUUUGGACCUGGUGGGGAGAGGGAGGAGGAGGGUAGAACCUUAAAAAGAGACCUUGAACUGGAAAGGGUCUCUUGUCAGGGCUUGAAUUUCAUUUUGUUGUUGGUAGUGUCUUGAUUUAUUUUCAGUAGUAGGGUAAAGAAUUAUCAAUAAUUUAUUUAACAGAUUUUUUUUAAAGUUAACAGCUUUUAAAUUCUUUCUUUUUUAAAGCUAUUUAUUUGGAAGAUUUCUGGAGAAAUAUCUCACUAAUUUAGAUUUAAGAAUGUGAAGGUUUUUAAAUUAUUUUUGAUAGUAUGUGUGUUACAUGUGGGAAAGAGCCACGGUAACAUUAACUAGUCUGGACUCUUAAAUUUGAUAUUCAGGUUAAAGUCUUAAACAGGGAUUUGAUGCAUUAAUUAUUUUAAAUUAAGAUGUAUAUGAAAAUCAUUUUAUUUUAUAUAUUUCAUGUGUUUUUUAUAAGCUAUUAGCUUCGCUUUUGCUAACAUCCAAGGUGCAUACCGUUAUCCAGGUUGAUUCUCUUCUAACCCCCUUCCCUCUGCACCCUUCAUUUUGUGAUGAUCCGACAAGACUCUUCUCUUUUCAGGGAAACUCUUGCAUAGCCAAUGUGUAAGAGCUCCAUAAAAGAUCCCUCACCCCUCAUUUCCUUUGACAUUGUGAUUUUCUUCUAAAUAUAAGGAAGUAGGCUUCUUUGUGCAUUUUCAUUUCUGCUGAUAUCUGGGUCCCAAAGAGAACAGCUUUAAUAUCUUCUUCCUACUUGUGGGGAAAGUAUUAUAAGUUUGGUUAAAUGUCAUGUUUCUAUUUUUUUCAAAUACAUUGUAGUACAGAGGGCCUUUUUCAUGCCAUUGGUGUUGGAGGACAGGGCCAGCACCUGCUGCAAGGGUUGUAUCUUCUGAUGCUUUUGUUCACUAAACCUAAUCUGUUGAGAAGUAUGAUUUGAUUUAGGAUAUUCAAAUCUGCAUAAUAAGCCGUAAUACAAUAGGAUUAUACUAUAUUAAGUUGUAUAGAAGCAAGCAUGUUGGGGUAGAUCUUGGGUGUGUGUGUUUACUUUUUUAUUUCUUAACAUUUUAAGAAAUUAUUUCACAUAAGGAUUUGGAGUAAAAAGGGUGCUUUAUGCAGUUACUUCCGCCUACCUUAACUUGGCCAGUGCAUAAUGAGGUUAAAUGUCUGGUUGAACUUAAGGUAAUCAGUUCUCUCCUUUAUGCACAAUUUUUACUAAAUGUCAGUUUUUGGUUGCUUAUAAGAGUUUCUUUUUUUUUUUUUGCGGUACUGGGAAUCGAACUCAGGACCUUGCUCUUGUGAGGCAGGCAUGGUGCCACUGAGUUAAAUCCCCAGCCUUGCUUAUAAGAAUUUCUGUUUUCUCUUUUCCCUCUCAGGAUAUAAAAGUAAAUGAUUGCUGGGGGUGAGGUGGAACUAUUCCCAAGUCUGACAAUACAGCAUUUUAUAAAUGCCUACAAAGACAAUAGGCAAAUAGGAUGAAAUUUACUUUUAUGGAGAAGAAAUACGGCCAUAUAAUGGAUCUGUCUUUUUUUUUUUUAACUUGGGAUUUUCCUUCUGUAUUAUCACUUAAAUUGCUAAGAAAAAAGAAUCUAUACCAUCAUCUUUCGUGGUUGUAUUCAAAUGUAUAUUUCCAAAGAGGAAUAUUUCUUACUCUGUUUCCGUUCCGGUAUUUCAUGGGAUAACAGUGAAAGAGCUAAUGAAAUAGCCUUUUUGGUCCAAAAGUCUGUUUGAGUGUCAGGAAGAAGAACUUUUUUUUUUUUUAAGGAAGAAGAACUUUUAUGGAAAUCCUCAGUAUCUGUGAACAGCCUAUUAAAUCCUGUCUACAUAAUGCUGUACCUAGUAGAGAGAUGGGCACAUUCAGCCACGGGCUGGAUAUCUGCACCUUGAGAUCCAGGUUUGACUGAUGCCUUGACCUUCCCACCCAGUACAUCACUGUGAUGUCUUGGUUUUCUGUAGACCCUGUUCUAGUGUGUCUACAGUGGUCUAUAGUGGGUUUAAAAAAUAAGAACUUUAAUUUCUUUUUCUAGUGACAUCAUGAUCUGGAUUUUCUUUCUUUACAUUUUUCGCAACUCAAGUAUUUUUAAUUACUUUUUUCUUUAAUUAUAAAAUUAAAACGAUUUUUAUGAAUUAAAAUUGUGGCUGGUAUCCAUCUUGUGUCCUUAGGCUGAUGAAACACUAAUUUUGAGUAUCCAGUAUGUGGGAUUUUUAAGUGAAAGGACUGUGGAUUCAUUUUUGGAAGUUUUAGCUAAUUAACUGGCUAAGUUACAAAACUUUCAGCAAGGUAAUACAACUGCUAUAAGAAAAUAUAUGUAUCUUUUUCUGAAUUGGGAAAAAUGCAACCAUUGAUCCACCGAUUCCUAAUCAAACCUCUUUUAAAGUUACCAGCUAUGACACCUCUCUUUAUCUCAUGGAAAUGGCUGGACUUUAGGUAACUACUGCCGGUAAUGGGCUCAGCUGUAACAUACAACCUUUUGUCCUUGCCUCAGUCUCACUUACAAACCGUAUACCACAACUUAGGAUGACAACAGUGGUAGCAUUUACCUAGUCAUAAACAAAUACAAGUAUGUAAAAUCGAGAAAUAAUGAUUUAAUGUAUAUGACUUUAAUAGUAAUUUCCCUAUUAUUGAUUCAAAUAGGUAACUCAACCUGGGAUCCUUUGUACUGUAAUUAACAGCAUCACACAAUGUUAUACUCCUCAGUAUUGAUGAAUGAUGUAAACCAUAAAGUUGGCAGUUUAUAGUAGUUCAGUAUCCUAGAAAUACAUAAAACUAAUAAGUACCAGUUCAUUUUUGAAGCAUAAAAAAUUGAACAUUCUGACUGAAACCAUGUCAGAGAGGAGACAACCCCACCUUUAUCAGUAAUUACUUAGCUCGUAUACUGUUCUAUUUUUUAAUAAUCCUAGUGAUUGCCUUUUUAAUAUACUCUACUGUCUUUAUUCAUAUGAGACAGCAGGGAUUUACCAGACAUCUACUGUGUACCCAGCACUGUAUAGUACUGUAGUUGCAGUUCUGGUCUCUGCCCUCUAGUGAAAGGCUUCUCCAGGAAGUUAGCAGUAUUAUUUUCACUUCUAAGUAAACUUCAGUAGAAGAGAGCCUGUUUAUUAAAAAAAAAGCAUAACUUUAUUAGUUUCAGCUGAGAUAUACCACUGUAGAAGUAGAAAUUCAAAAGAUCUAAGUUCUUUAUAUUUUAAGAAACAUUUCAAAAGCUAGUAACAACGUCAGUGACAUGAGGAUAUGCGUUAGCAUGGAAGGAAGCAAAAGACCCAAGUUUUGGUUCAAGUUCUACCAUUUAUGUGUCAGUUAUGUGACCUGUAUGCAACUUAUGUCACUUAUUUUUUCUGAAUCUGAGUUUCCUUUUUUUUUUUUUGGUACUGGGGAUUGAACUCGGAUCCUUUCGCUUUUGAGGCAGGCGGCAGAACCACUGAGCUAAAUCCCUGGCCUAGUUUCCUUAUUUUUAGGUUUGGAUAAAACUGCUUAUUUUACUAUCCAGUGAAGAACAGCAUAGAAAAACAUUUCUUAAUCUAUUAACACUUCAUAGUUACACAGAAUUUAUCAUUAAAACAUAAUGAAUGCACCUUUAUAUACAUUUUAAGUGAAAACUGCUAUUAUUCAUAACACUUACUUCAUAUCAAAUAUAUAUGCAGGGCAUGCUACCUAAAAAAAUCUGAAGGAUCUCUAACAAGGUGCUGAAUUGAAGUCAGAUUCCACACUUGAAGUCAAAGAAGUGAGCUAGUUUAUAGUGAGUGCGAAUGUUCAUCCUCAAAUACAUGAAGAUGAUUCAGAGUAACUAAAAGAUGCCUUUAGCUUUUUCUCAAAGAGGAAUUAGGAUGGCGCUGCUCCCAGAUUUGGGAUACUCUUCAGAUCCUAGAUACAUUCAUAGGGUUAGAAUGAUUUAACAGCCACCCAUGGGACUAGGGAAGAAAUAAAGUGGUCAGGAAAAUGGGACUCCACGGUGACAGCUCCGGGCUGGGUGACAGAAGCUGAGGUAGAACCCACUGGAGCAGUGAGGGAGGGUGACUCAGUUGGAUGUCUCCCACAGAGGCUUGUGACAGUGACAAGAACGCUCCCUGUGAAUGGCCGACUGUGCGGCUGCUGGAAGUGAAUGUUCUAGUGGUGAGUGUAGUUUUCACAUGAGGAGACAGGGCCUUUAUAAUGUAAAUCUAAAGAUUUUUAAGUUUGCCUUUCACAUUAAAUAUUAACUGAGUCACUCCCUAUGUAAUGAGAAGCUCUUGCCUAGCAAGUGGAGGCCCUGGGUUUGAUGCCCAGCAUGGGGCAGGGUGGAGUGGGUGGAGCAUCAGUCCUUUCCCAGUGAGCUACUUCUUCACCAAAAGCAGUCUCAAGGCUGAGCAUCACAACUUUUAGCCUAGGGAAAGCUGGUGAAUAAAGCAUAAGACAAAUAGGGCAGGAAUUUACCUGAGGACACAGUGGACCCGGACCUCUGAUACCUUGCUUCCUAAGCCCCAGUUGCAUGAUGCUGCAGCCUCUGCAUGUCUUGUGUCGGACAUAUCCAUGUGCUUCCUUGAAGGUAGGUGCAAAGGGGCAGCAUUCCUACACUCACUAAAUUGUUGCUGAACAUAAUGUAAUCCUAAUACUAUAUAGCCUUACUGAAAACCCUUCCCCUAGUUUUUCAGUGAUGAUACCAUAAAUAAAAUACUUGAUAUGCUUUACAUAAAUACUUUUUAAUAGUUAAUAUCCUAAAGAAGCAAAUGCCCAUUUCCAAAGCAAUUAGCUUAUUGUGAUUAACUGGUUUUAUUCUCCUGUAGUCAUCUCUCCCUCUUCACUGAGGGGGAGAAAAUGAUAGUCCCUUGAGAUACCCUUAGACUCUCCCUCUCACCUUGGUGCCCCUCUAGUGUCUUAAGGUGUUGUCUAAACAAGUGCAGCCUUACAGUUUUUGUUAAAACCUUAUCAAAACUAUUCAGUGAUUCUUCCAACAAGCUUAUCUCCUCUGCACUAUUCAAUAAUAAACCCUGGCUACCACGUAGCCCAUGACCUCCAAGUAGUUUACCUAUGCAAUACCCAUGACAGUCUGAAUUCACUUUGCUUUAUUUCAGAAAGCAGUCAUACGUAGAACUUAAUCACAGAAAACUUGUUUUCUACCAGUUUUAUUUUGGUUAUUUCCCUUUCAAUAUCUCAGCUAUUUUCCCCAAGAUUUUUCACCAAAACAAUGAUCAUAAGUGCUAUAAUAUAUAAUAUUUUGCAGGAAUAAAAUAACCCAGACAUACUCAUAUUUCUUUGAUGGAUUUUGGUUUGUAAAAAUUACCAGCAUUAAAUAUAAAUAUAUACUAAGGAGUUAAUUCCUUGCCUAGAGUCACUUCUUCCCUCUAAGAUUCAUAAGUAACCUUUUAUUUUUACAAAGCAUACAUACAGUUUCCACAUUAUAGUCAGGGACCUAAGGUGUAACUUGCUAAGUGAACCCCAAGGUUAUUUUAUCUUGCAAAAGAAACCUAAACCAAACUAAGGGCCUUACAGUUUAUGGUUAGACUGAAUCAAAAGCUAUAACCUCAGUUUUUCCAAAAACAGCUUCUGACUGCAAAAGCAAGUCAUGAAGUUGUUAACGUAUGAAAUAGCACUGAUCAGAAAAUGCACGUGCAUCUUUGCACGCUGCAUUUCCCUCAGAAAAGACUUUUCUACUUUUAAUAUAAAUUAAGCCAUAACAGUUUCAUGCUGUGGAAAGAGGGUGAAAAGGUUCAUGUUAGAGAUUAUAUAAUAUGAAUUUUCACUUUACUGUGAAAUGUCUAACUUUACCAGUGCUUCAGCAAGUUUUCUUUUGGGGGAUGUUGGAGGGUGGUGAUGGAUGGGAGGGUUAGUAUUGGUUUUAGGGGGUUUUAACUGUGAAAUUUGCAAAGGGGACAGUUGUUGGCUAUGGUAUUUACUAGUUUUGUAGUAAUGUUUUGCUAGCCUGACUUUCCUUACUGGUUUUUAUGCCCACAGUCCCAGGUGGCUGAUUGUUGCCUUCUCAUUGGGGGUGUCUGCGGGGUAGUGUCUUGUCUAUGUGUAGGUUGCCAGUGUGUGUGCACAUGUGUGUCCUUUGAGUACAGAAGCACACAUGUCACGGUGGGACGGGGUGUGGCUGGGGAGUGGGAUGCAGAAGCUUUAAGAGCAUUUUUUUCUAAUUCAUGACAGUAUUUCCCAUCUUUAGCCUGCAGGCAGGGAAAAUGUACAGUAUUUAUUUUGUUUCUGUUUUACUCUCAAUUUGUAAGUCUUUAAGUAGCUUACAUUGAUUAUUAUAGGGGAAGACAAGUGACUUGUUUAAAGUUGUAUUUAGUAUUCUUUUCAAUUUCUGUACUUUAAAAUAUUGAAAUUAAAAUUGUAUUAUUUCUGUUUGGA